AUGAAGUUCUCUCUUGUUUCCAUCCCACUUGCCAUGUUGGCUUCAAUUGCCGUAGCCCAAUAUCCUCCUCAAGGCUACCAGCAGCCCCAGCAACCCCAGCAGUACUCGGGCUACCAGCCCCAGCAAUAUGGAGGUUACGGACCACCACCUCAACAGUGUAUCGGAGGGGUUCAACCAGGCCAAUUCCCAAACAUCCCAGACUAUGAGGUCGCUGACUGGUUCGGUUGCGCCCACGACUGGGUGAAAUCGAUGAACGAUGGAGCCUCUGGCUCUGCACCCGCUUGCAGUUUCUACAGCUGCCUUCAAGACAAGGCGGCCAAGUACCAACGAGGAGGUACAAUGGCUGCUGCUGGUAGACUCUUGACUCCCAUCUGCACCCUUGGCGGCAUUGGCGCUGGUCUGAUUCCGGGACUCCACCUUUAA